AGACAGUGUUUGGGGGACUCGCGCUUGGGCCCGAAUUGCCAUUUUCGGAUUCGCAGUCCAAAAGGCAGUUCCUUUUUUUUUAUCAUUAUGUAAUUGAAUUUUCAAUUCCACAUCAGGGGAUUCAUCUCCUCCAUGAUGGUGCCUGAAAGGACGCUUAUCUUCACGGAAUUUCACGUGUGCAUAUUAAUGCGGGGAACACAGUUCGGCUCGAUAAUGGGUGCGUGGAAACAACGGGGCGUAACUCUUCAGCUUCCUCUUUCGGAAAAGUUCGGAUCUUGCAGUCCUUUUUCCCCAUUUCUCAAGGAGGGCAAUGCAAUCUUUUGGGAAGCCAUUUUCUCUUUUGUGAACUCGCUUCCUCAGGUAAAUCGGACAAAAGCCCGCCGUUUCAUUUUCAGCUCCAAGACGUAGACAUGCACGUAUGCCUUUGCCGUGAAUCUCCCGUGUUUCUUAUUCGUGCGUCUCUUCUGGGUGUCCUCAUGAUCAUCUGACCUUUCUGGGAUGUGUCGCAGAUUAAGUAGUGUUUAAAAGAUCGUGAAUUCUUGUAUGUGUCUAAGAGAUCCAUUCAUGUCCUCCUAAGUUUGCCAUUCUGUUCGAAGGGAUGAAUUCUUGUUUAGUCCAAGCCUUCUUGGCAUUAUUUGCUCAUCCAUUUACAUGCUUGGCUGCGUUUCAUCUGCAAUAUGGUCAACGUUGAUUGAAAUUGUCCUUGGUCUUGGUAAAAAAAGGCAAUGUCUAAAGGGAAACAGAGUCUCUCUAUUCUCACAAUUUAUAAGCCUGAUAUCUGUUUCAUGAAAUCAAAGAGAAUCGCCAGUUUAAGGUUAUUUGGGAGUGAAAGCUGCGAAAUUUUCACCUUCACUCUGCAUCACAUAGAGGGACCAGACAUUAGAUUGCGUGGUACGGGGAACUUGAGCUCAUGGCGAAGUUUGAACACACCCAUUACUGGACGGUAAACAAGACCGACAGAAAAUUCACGGAAUGUCCCUUGACCGAUUGCUGAAUGCUCCAAAAAUGCAGGCUGCUUGAGAAGGACGAAUCUGCAGCAUUUGAUAUGGCCUAUGAUAAUACCAGAGAAUCCUUGAUUGGGAAUCCAGCUGAUGCUUCGAAUCAUCCCAAGGACAAGAGUAAUGCAGUCCAAAGAAGAAGACACCGCCACAAUUCUCCUUCAGUGGAUAGUUUCCCCGAGCAGAAUGGCACUGAACCUCAUCUUCUCGAGUCUACUAAAGAACCCACAUUUAGAAAAAUCGUCAUAGUUGUGGCUGCAUACCUUGGUGUAGGAAGCUUUAGUUUCUUUCUCCUAAGGAACCAAAUCUCGGGCAAGAAGACGAAUGGUCUACUCGAUGCCCUUUACUUUUGUGUUGUCACCAUGACUACUGUGGGAUAUGGAGAUCUUGUCCCAAGUAGCUCAUUGGCGAAACUUCUUGCCUCGACAUAUGUUUUUGCAGGAAUGGCUCUUGGUGGGCUGAUCCUAAGCAAAGCGGCCGAUUACGUUCUCGAAAAGCAGGAAAUGCUUUUAGUAAGAGCUAUGCACAUGAAUGAAAAGGUUGGUCCAGCCGAAAUCCUGAAGGAGGUCGAAGUCCACAAAAUCAGAUAUAAAUGUCUCACUUCCCUCAUUCUUCUUGGGGUCCUAACUGUACUUGGAACCGUGUUUCUGUUGGUUGUCGAGAAAUUUACAUUUGUCGAUGCUUUCUAUUGUGUUUGCGCUACCAUUACUACUCUGGGCUAUGGAGAUGAAAGUUUCUCGACCACCAGCGGCAGAAUCUUUGCCGUGUUUUGGAUACUGGCGAGUACCAUAUGUGUGGCUCAGUUUUUCUUCUACCUCACUGAAAUGUACACAGAAAGCAGGCAAAGAUCAUUGGUAAAAUGGGUUCUCACACGAAACGUUACGUGCUCGGAUUUAGAGGCAGCAGAUCUUGAUCAGGACAAAGUUGUCAGCGCUGCGGAGUUUGUUGUAUACAAGCUACAGGAAAUGGGAAAGAUCAGCCAGGAAGAUGUUACGGCGAUCUUAGAGAGGUUCCAGAAUCUUGACGUUGAUCAGUCUGGAACUUUGACAACAUCUGAUAUAGUCCAGUCCCGAAAUUAGGGGGUUUUGCUGCUUGUUUCCGAGGAUUAUACUUACAUACUUUAGUCUUGUAUCACUCAUACGCCCCGCCAUUACUUGGUGAUGAUGCUGAAGUUUUCUCUGUUAGCUUCAACCAUAAGUGAAUGUCUCCCCUAUCUAUAAAAUCACUGGCAAAAAGUAAAUCCAAAAGGUGGAAUUCAUGUAUCCCUGCCUGAAUCUCAGCAUCUAGCAGCAGAUGCUAGAUACCACGAGUCAGAUGGUCUGCGACAUCAGCUUCACAAAAUUUAUUGAAUUUCAUCGUCGAUCUGUUGCAGUCUCACUUUUACAUGACAGAAGUUGCUACCGUGGUGCGUGCAACAAAGUCUGCAGUUUGCCAACUGAAACGUUUUGUUCAUGAUGACUUUUAAGUUCCUAAAUCUAUCUGAACAGCACGAUCAUAGUCAUCAUGCAAACGGACUUAAUUUGAAUCGGCUGUCCU